UAGCUGGGUGCCCCUGGAGACAGACGACCCUUCGUGGGAACACUUCGUGUGGCUUAGACGUCCAGGUUGUCGUGUUGCCUUCUGUGCGUGUUGCCUUCUGUGCGUGUUGCCUUCAGUGCGUGUUGCCUUCUGUGCGUGUUGCCUUCUGUGCGUGUUGCAACAACGACUCGGUUUGGGAUUUAUUCUUUAGUUCGAAGACGGAAUUUCAAAAGUAAUGACAUGGAACAUUUGUAACACAAAACCAAUGUUGUGAAACAACUUGACAUUUCUAGGUGUCAACAAAAACUAAAAUUAUCAAUCGAAAAAAACAAACAUUCUCUAAACAAGAAAUAUGCAUGGCCAUCGUCCGAUUAUGUAUGGCCAUCUGAUAAUCUUAAUAUGAGUUGUCGGUGGCGUGCAAGAGAUUUUAGUGUGUGAAAACUUCUAUGGCAAUGGAUAACGCGGCGUUCACAAUCGAUGACGAGACGCACUACGACUCCUCCCCUAAACUGUUCACAACUGCACCGCGUCACUAUUUCUCGGACGCACCAAGUUUUGGUGCGCAUGGACGCAGGCGACUUUCUGCCCCGGUGGCGUUCCCCCCAGGGAGGGUAAUUCACGGCGAAAAUGUCAACAUCAUUGAAGACGAGAGUUCUCUUAAAUGGACUGCGUCACGUGACAGUGACAACGUUCAAAUUGGUGGGCUCAUCGUGAAGUCACGUGAUUCCAAGAAACCAGUGGAGUCAAACGCAAAUGGAUGUGAAUCGAACGUCGGUGGGAUAGAUUUAUCAAUCGUGAAUGGUUUAGGGUCGAAGGUCAAUGGAUCGGAUUCAUCUAUUACAACCAAUGUAAGAAUAAGCGCUAACCCAGACAACGAUCAUCUCUGCGAUAAGCCGACAGAUUAUAUUGAAGAGAUUAAAAAUGAUAAAAAGAAGUUUGCCUCCAACACACUGUUGUCUCCUCCUAGGAUUCCAGUACUGUCGCACCGUGUUUCCGCCCAAAAAACUCUGCAGCUGUCAGCUGACCUGAAUACGGGUUCUCAGUCGGCUGAUCUGGAAAACUACACAGAAAAUGAGACGAAAGUGUCCGGCACUGAUGCACACUCAUGCUCUCCCAUUGCUACGGGCCAAGACACGGAAAGACCAAACGUGGGAAAUGGUGUGGAGGUUCGAAAGGAGGAGAAUGGCGUCCGUGGGAUUCCCGGUCAAGACGUCGGUGAGGGCAAUGAUGACGCCAACCGCAGUGACGGUAUUCCCAACAACACCGCCCCACGUACAAGCAUCGAUCACACGGCACUUGACGACCUACAGCUGUUGACCGUCCCAGGUCCGGCUCGUCUGACCCUGGACAUACCCGGCGACUCGGCCCAAGAUGGCGCCGUUGUUGUUUCCAUUCCGGUUCCGGUCCUCCCGCGCGCCCGAAGUGCUCCAGAUUUAACGACGCCGGAACUUACUGGAGAAAAGGAAACGGCUAAAUCUGAAGGUGUUGAUACGGACAAAGACGGCGUCACGGGCAAGGAAAAAGUCUUGGUAACUAUUUAUUAUUAAACUAAGUGCCAUGUACUCCCUCGUGAGUGCCGUGUACUCCCUCAUGUGUGUCAUGUACUCCCUCAUGUGUGCCAUGUACUCCCUCAUGUGUGCCAUUUACUCCCUCAUGUGUGCCAUGUACUCCCAUUUUGUGCCUGUUACUCACUCAUGUGUACCAUUUACUCCCUCAUGUGUACCAUGUACUCCCCAUUUUGUGCAAGGUACUCACUCAUGUGUGCCAUAUACACCUGUUAUGAGUGCCAUGUACUCCCUCAUGUGUGCAAUGUUCUCCCUAUUUUGUGCCUGGUACUCACUCAUGUAUGCCAUAUACACCUGAUAUGAGUGCCAUGUACUCCGUUUAAAAGUGACGCGUACUCCCUCUAUAAGUGCCGUGUACUCAAUGUAUAAUUACAUUGUACUACCUCUAUAAGUGCCGUUACUCCCCAAAUGAGUGCCAUCAAUUCCCCCGAGUGCUGUCUACUCCCCCUAUGAUGAGUGGCUUAAUAUCAGAUUUAUAUGCGUGACAUUUGUGAUAGCUUAAUUAUUAGUCUCAUUUUUGCAACUGGAUAUAGCUUCUCAAAUCCUAAUAACAGUAUGUGUUACUUUUCAUGUCUAUCUAAAGGUAUGUGUUACUUCUCAUGACUAAGUAGCGGUAUGCCUAACUUCUCAAAUAUGUUUGACUCUUAAAUUGUCUGUCUAUAUUUGACUAUAUUCAUCCAAACAAAGGACAGUUCCAUCAAUUGGGACGUGUGUGUGUGCGUCCCAUCCCUACCCUGUGCCCUGCGUCCAAUCACUACCCUGUGCCCUACGUCCAAUCAUAUCAUGUGCCCUACGUCCAAUCACUACCAUGUGCCCUGCGUCCAAUCACUACCCUGUGCCCUGCAUCCAAUCACUACCCUGUGCCCUACGUCCAAUCAUAUCAUGUGCCCUACCUCCAAUCCCUACCAUGUGCCCUGCGUCCAAUCACUACCCUGUGCCCUACAUAUCAUGUGCCCUACGUCCAAUCACUACCAUGUGCCCUGCGUCCAAUCACUACCCUGUGCCCAGCAUCCAAUCACUACCCUGUGCCCUGCGUCCAAUCACUACCCUGUGCCCUACGUCCAAUCACUACCCUGUGCUCUUCGUCCAAUCACUACCCUGUGCCCUACGUCCAAUCACUACCCUGUGCCCUACGUCCAAUCACUACCCUGUGCCCUGCGUCCAAUCACUACCCUGUGCCCUGCGUCCAAUCACUACCCUGUGCCCUACGUCCAAUCAUUACCAUAUGCCCUAGGUUUCUUUUAACAUAUCCGAAAGUCUAUUUUUUCUACAUGUUUCUAACGUGUUGUGUCAACGCAUCCCCAAUUAACACUUGAAUGUGUUGGAAUGAUUCAAUAACAUAGAUUCCAGUGGCCUCCGUGUUAUAUGUGUAUGUUUGUCAAGUGUUUAAGCUCGUGCAAGUUGUAUCAUUCAUAGACAGAGGUGAAUGUUGUAUCAUUCAUAGACAGGUGAAUUUUGUAGCAUUCAUAGACAGGUGAAAGUUGUAUCAUUCAUAGACAGAGGUGACAGUUGUAUCAUUCAUAGACAAACAUUUACCAAUCAUAGCUAGAAGUGACAAAAACUUGAAAAACUUGUUAGGAUUGGAAGUUUAGCCAGGUCUAUACACUGAAUGGAUGUCCAAUCGUUAGGCGACUACACUACAAAUUAGUAAAUCGUUAGGCGACUACACUACAAAUUAGUACAGGGUUCCUGAAUCGGGAUCCCGGGUUCCCGCACAACUUUUAGUGAGCAAAGACUUGGCGGGAAAUCUUUCCAUCCCGGGAAAUACCGGUUACAAAAUUUCAGAAUAUGUAUAUAUAUUUAUUUAUUAUUAUUUUAUUUUAGCAACUCAAAAAUUGUCAAAGUUUUUUUUUUCUAUAAGCCUGAACCAUACAAAUCGUGUUUAAUGCUCUGAACUAUCAAACUUAACGACCCCAGUUCACAGGUUCUCAAGCUCCUUAAAGUCACGACCACAUUCAUAAAUAUAUAUAUAGAAGCAAAAUGACCUUAACCACAAUAAACUGGAAAUAAAAUGAAUCUAAAUAGUUUAAAUUCUUGUACUUUAAAACUUAUCAAAUGUAGAUUUUUCUAUAAAAUUUAAUUGUAAUUGACACGAUAUUUAAUCCCAUGAUUGAAACUCAAACUUUUAGAUGCCAAUUUAAAAUAUUUGAAAUUUAAACUUUUAAACACAAAUUGACAAUAUUUAAAAUACUAUUCCUCUUACGUCUAUUGUUUCACCGGCUACCCCAUAGAAAUGUAUUUUGCAACCUCAAGUAAGGUCACGUCCCAAAAGCUUGGAACCUGCACUCUAGUAAUUUGAUUAUAAAUUACACCAGACUUCUUAUGUGUCAGCCUCACUAGUAUGUAGUGGUUUUACCUCAAAUAUCAACCUAGUAAAACAUAUAUAAAUGCAUGUAACAUGAUAUCUGGCGAUGAUAACAUGAUAUCUGGCGAUCAAUUGUGGAAUGUAAAUAUGGCAGAUAGUUGUACAAUGAAUUGUGUGACUGGACGCGUCUUCGGUGCUGGCGAGGGGUAUGGACUUAUGCUAGUGCAAGGUGUGGUAGUGACUAAUGAUGUUAGUGCAAGGUGUGGUAGUGACCAAUGAUGUUAGUGCUAGCGCGGUAAUAAAAUAUGGUAGUGCGAGGUGGGGUUGUGAAGAAUGAUGUUAGUGCGAGGUGGGGUUGUGAAGAAUGAUGUUAGUGCGAGGUGGGGUUGUGAAGAAUGUUGUUAAUGCGAGGUGGGGUUGUGAAGAAUGACGUUAAUGCGAGGUGGGGUUGUGAAGAAUGUUGUUAAUGCGAGGCGGGGUUGUGAAGAAUGACGUAAAUGCGAGGUGGGGUUGUGAAGAAUGAUGUUAAUGCCAGGUGGGGUUGUGAAGAAUGACGUUAGUGCGAGGUGGGGUUGUGAAGAAUGUUGUUAAUGCGAGGUGGGGUUGUGAAGAAUGACGUUAAUGCGAGGUGGGGUUGUGAAGAAUGAUGUUAAUGCCAGGUGGGGUUGUGAAGAAUGUUGUUAAUGCGAGGUGGGUUGUGAAGAAUGACGUUAAUGCGAGGUGGGGUUGUGAAGAAUGUUGUUAAUGCGAGGUGGGGUUGUGAAGAAUGAUGUUAAUGCGAGAUGGGGUUGUGAAGAAUGAUGUUAAUGCGAGGUGGGGUUGUGAAGAAUGUUGUUAAUGCGAGGUGGGGUUGUGAAGAAUGUUGUUAAUGCGAGGUGGGGUUGUGAAGAAUGAUGUUAGUGCGAGAUGGGGUUGUGAAGAAUGAUGUUAAUGCGAGAUGGGGUUGUGAAGAAUGUUGUUAAUGCGAGGUGGGGUUGUGAAGAAUGAUGUUAGUGCGAGGUGGGGUUGUGAAGAAUGAUGUUAAUGCGAGGUGGGGUUGUGAAGAAUGAUGUUAAUGCGAGGUGGGGUUGUGAAGAAUGUUGUUAAUGCGAGGUGGGGUUGUGAAGAAUGAUCUUGAUGCUAGAUGUGGUAGUUCAGAAUUAUCUUGAUGCUAGAUGUGGUAGUUCAGAAUGAUCUUGAUGCGAGAUGUGGUAGUGAAGAAUGGUGUUAUUGGGAGAUGUGGUAGUGACAGUUAUUGUUUUCUGUUUGACUUCGAGUUAGCUUCUUUUUAGCUACGUCCUAAUUUAGUUACGCGUGUAAUGACCAGCUGAGCAAGGAACAUGUACGUGGUGCAGCACAUGUGUUGACCGUGGGAAAUUGAUGUGCGUCUUUUUAUGUACACGAAUUCCGUGUGUACUAAAAUGUCGCAAUAUUUGUAUCCAUAUAAUUAUUGCUGUAAACAAAUUCAGACAGUGUACCAGAACUUUAAGUUGGUAGGUAUUUCUUGUAUAAUCUUUAAAAGGUUCUCUACAAGUCUGUAUGCUGUCUUUGCUCCUACCACUCUGUAAUGCUGUCUUUGCUCCUACAAAUAUGUGUGCUGUCUUUGCUCCUACAAGUCUGUAUGCUGUCUUUGCUCCUAAAAGUAUGUACGAUGUCUUUGCUGCUACAAAUAUGUAUGCUGUCUUUGCUACCGGGUUAUUGCCCGGACAAACACCCUUAUAUUUUCUAAUACACCUUUACUUCGUGUGAUGAUUUAUUUAUUUAUUUUAAUUUUUUUGUUGUGAUGUCAACCUUUUUUAUUGUCGUUACAAUAACAAAAAAAAAACACAUUAAAAUGAAGUAAGUUAAUCUUUUUAGUAAAGUUAAAGAAUAACAAUAAACCUAACAGUGGUAGUUAAAUCAGAAAUUCAUUAAUCUAAAGUUAAUUUGGAUACUCCAUACCUGAAAAUCUCGUCACGUUCUUUAUCAACUUCCGGUGUAGAAUUGACCUAAUUAUUUAUAUACUUGGAUUAUAUGUUUAUAUUAAGGUAAUAAUCUACCUACUUACAAUUUAUAUACCGACUUGCACACGUAUCUGGUUUUAUAGACCUGCAUUUUUUGUUAUUACGGUAUAUAAUUCUAUAAUCCGCAAUAUAACGACCAUCACAACGUUUCAAAACUGCUUUCAAAACACAUCUUUUUAAACUCUACUAACCUGACUGAUUCCCACCUCUGACCGAAAAACGAUGCUGCUGGAUGAUGGCUUGACAUUUAAAAAAAAAUUAAAAUAUACAUUUGUUUUUUAUUUCAUUAAUGAAUGUUAAUUAAUUUUUUAAGUUUUUGACUAUGUUUGUUAAAUUGUAUGUACAGCGUGGUGAGCCCAGCCCUAGGCCGGGAUACCACGCUAUAUAAAACCCCGUAAAAUAUAUAUAUAUAUCUUUUUAUCUUUUAUCCAAACUUUACAAUGACGGGGGUAAUGAUAGAUGGCAUCCAUCUGCAAAAAAAAAAAGAAAUUAAAAAAUUAAAAUAUAAUCUAAACUUAGUAUAGGCUACUCCAACCUAAUCUCACCUCAUAUCGUCUAGGCUAAUCGGCUUAAGAUCUUUUGUGUGUUACAGAAGGAGAUGACCAGAGAGGAGAUCCUAAAGACGUACCGCCUCCACUUCUUCGUCUGCCUCAUCUUCCUGGUGACACUGAUCUCUGUGAGCCUGGCCUGGUACUACAAGAACAUGGCCACGGAGCACAUCUACGCCACGCAGGCCAUUUUUUUCGACCCCAGGAGCAGGGAGCUCACGCUUACAGGUGAGUCCCUACAAGAACACGGGCCGGAAACAGCGGAGUGGCUGGUCAGUUCGUGACGUCCAGUGCUGGUCCUUUAUUUCGCCGCCAAUAAUUAACGAGAAUCACAAUGCGUAGAGAAUAAACUUUUUAAAAUGUUUUUUGAAGUAUGUGAAGUGGUCUGAAAAUAUAUAGUCUUCAGAAGUGAUCCAAUGAUUCAUCCAUUCAUACACUGUCCAUUUGUCUGCGGUUACUCUAACAAACAGCUUGAAAACGGGAUCUUUUUCUUUUCAAAACUUCUAAUGGACCUCGAAGGAUGACUAUUUUUUAUCCAUGCCAAGAUCCAUACAUCUGUCCAGAAGUAUCCGAAAUGCUCUGUGUUUCUUUAGCUCACUGUAUCAUAUCAUUGUUAAAAAGUUUUUAUUUGAAUUGAAAUUAGUUGUGUUGGUUUAUCUAUUGGUCUAUGUGUUGGUCCAACUGUUCGUCUGUCUAUUGGACUUUCUGCUAGUCUGACUGUUGGUCUGACUUUUGGUCUGUCUGUUGGUCUGUCUAUUGGUCUAUCUGUUGAUCUGUAAGUUGGUCUGUCUGUUAGUCUGUCUCUCUGUUGGUCUUUCUGUUGGUCUGUCUGUUGGUCUGUCUGUUGAUCUGUAUGUUGAUCUGUCUGUUGUUCUGUCUUUCUGUCUCUCUGUUGGUCUGUCUGUCUCUCUGUUGGUCUGUCUGUUGGUCUGUCUGUUGGUCUGUCUGUCUGUCUCUGUUGGUCUGUCUUUUGGUCUGUCUGUCUGUCUCUGUUGGUCUGUCUGUUGGUCUUUCUGUCUGUCUCUGUUGGUCUGUCUGUUGGUCUGUCUGUCUGUCUCUGUUGGUCUGUCUGUUGGUCUGUCUGUCUCUGUUGGACUGUCUGUUGGUCUGUCUGUCCGUCUCUGUUGGUCUGUCUGUUGGUCUGUCUGUUUGUUGGUCUGUCUGUUGGGCGUACUUUGACGUUUUUGUUUUUGAGCGUCAUUAAACAUGGGAGCUGUGCGCGAAACGCUCUCCAAGGAACUUGAACUCGCGCUCUUAAUGGGGAGAGAACUUUGAAUAAGGGGCGGUUUGUUUGUUUUGUCCAAUCUGUUUCAGGAUAAGACCUCCUCGUAUUCAAGUAGAAAUAUAUAAGCUCCACAAUAUUGAGUAACUAGAGGCGAUGUACCGAUAAGCGGAAUUACAAAUUUAAUAAAAUAAUAAAUAAUUAAUUUUGAAGCUUGUGGAUUUGUCCAUUUAUAUUUGUCCUUUUCAUACCUUAAAUGUAGAAUAAUUUAGGUUUUGUUAAUAUCUAUAUAUAUUGUGUUCCAGACCCAAACAACGGCCACAAGAUUCACGCCAAACUUGGGCAAGACAUGCCCGACUGGCAGCUCCCAUUACACUGUCCAAUCGUCAUGGGCGACAACCCUCAUGUCAAGGAGUGCGUUUGGAAGAACCACGCCAUAUUGAGGAUCGUUCAUUUCCGGGACACGUACGUUCAGUGCUACAACGUCUCGUGGGAAAGUUUACACGCCGAGGUAAGGGCCGAGGGGUUUGACAGUUACUGUAAGCGUGUGUAUGUCUGUGCAUUGUUCUCUUUCAAUAUCACACACAACUUAGGGACAGAUGCUCUCCUGCUGAAUAAUAACUGAACCAGACCCAAAAAAAAAAAAGUUAAUGUCUUAUCUAAGAGUUAAAUAAAAGCUUAUAACCGUAUACAACACACAACUUAGGGACAGAUGCUCUCCUGCUUAAUAAUAACUGAACCAGACCCAAAAAAAAAAAAAAAGUUAAUGUCUUAUCUAAGAGUUAAAUAAAAGCUUAUAACCGUAUACAUUUAAUUGUGGAGUGAAUGUUUCAACACUUGUGGCAAGUCAUGGGAUCUUUUUAACAUGGAAUCUUUUUUCCUCAAGAGACCAUCCCAGAUAUUUAACACUAACUCUUAUUAAUCCUUGACUUUCUAGUAGAGCUAAAAUCUUUUCAAAAGUAGUCUUGUUUUUUGGUGGGUUUUUUUUUUUUCUUUUGGUUCGGUAAAACAACAAAUAUUUCAGUAAUUACAAUACAAUUAAAGUACAUUUGAUAGACUUUGAUUGUGUUUAAUUAUACAAUACACUCUCUGAAAUGAGAUUUACCCUGCGUGUAACUAAAGCCCCACUAUUUGCAGCACGUGCCUUACGACUGCUUCAAUAUCCAAGAUGGCGUGUGGUACGGCCCGUCCAACCAAUCACAGAGCAUGUAUCCCAUACGCGGUGAGUUCCAGCUCGUGCCGAAGGACUACACCGUCCGGAACAACGGCAUCUUCAGCUCGGUGGUCGACUUCUACUGGCUGUCAUCCACUGGCGUCGGCCUUUACCUUCAACCCGACAACCCUCUACAGAUCGUGUGGGGCAGCUCGGGGCUCUGCGUACUCUCUAACUUCACGGGCCCGUUUUACCAUCAGGAAAACUCUCAGACCCCACCCUAUCUCAACUACACACUGUGUAACGGGGUUGACCCGGUCCAAACGAAUGCUUACAUGCAGAAAAUGUUGGUGCCUCGGGAAGGAAUCAAGCGUCCAGAUGACAAAUAUUUUCUAGGCCCUUACUGGUCUCUGAGGAAGGCAGCUCAAGAUGAUGACACAGGAAGUCAAAUAGAAGACCUCGCUGGGAAGCUGGUGGACUUUGGGUUUCAAGACAGCAAGAUAAUCCUAGACGGAUCUUGGGAAAAACAUUUCGGAGAUCUGAAAUUCAACCCUGAAAAAUUCCAAAAUUUCAGCGACCAGGUGGACACUCUGAAACAAAGUGGCUUCGACGUUGUUGUGCCCAUCAGUCCUUACUUUGAAUUAACGAGUGACAACUUUUACGAUGUAAGUUUUGUAAUCUCUAAUCAAUACUUAAAAAACCUCAGAUAUAUUUCAGACACCGUCUCUAUUCUCCUGUUUCCUAUAAUCCAUUAUUGCUAACAUGACCUCGAUAACAUCAUCAAGCUGUAGCUCAUCGAUCAACUAGUCAUGAUUGUUACCUCAUGUAAUGAUUGUUAUCUCCUGAAAAGAUUGUUAAUCAUUUUGCAGGGCGUGACCCAGUCGAUGUUUGUGCUGGACGCGGGUGGUCAAGUUCCUGGACUGACUAAUUUUGAAGGAGGAAUUGCUGCUAUCCUUGAUGUAUUGAACGCUAAGGCUGUAACAUGGAUGGAGAAUAAGACAAAGGUAAUAAAGAUGUAUGCAUAAUAAGACAAAGAUAAAAGAUAAUAAAGAUGGAUGGAUAAUGAGGCAAAGGUUAUAAAGAUGGAUGAAUAAUAAGACAAAGAUAAUAAAGAUGGAUGGAUAAUAAUGCAAAGGUAAUAAAGAUGGAUGGAUUAUAAGACAAAGAUAAAAGGUAAUAAAUAUAGAUGGAUAAUAAGACAAAGGUAAUAAAGAUGUAUGGAUAGUAAGACAAAGGUAAUAAAGAUGGAUGGAUAAUAAGACAAAGGUAAUAAAGAUGGAUGAAUAAUAAGACAAAGGUAAUAAAGAUGUAUGUAUAGUAAGACAAAGGUAAUAAAGAUGGAUGGAUAAUAAGACAAAGGUAAUAAAGAUGGAUGAAUAAUAAGACAAAGGUAAUAAGGAUGUAUGUAUAGUAAGACAAAGGUAAUAAAGAUGUAUGGAUAGUAAGACAAAGGUAAUAAAGAUGGAUGAAUAAUAAGUCAAAGGUAAUAAAGAUGUAUGGAUAGUAAGACAAAGGUAAUAAAGAUGAAUGGUUAAUAAGACAAAGAUAAUUAAGAUGGAUGAAUAAUAAGACAAAGAUAAUAAAGAUGGAUGGAUAAUAAGACAAAGGUAAUAAAGAUGGAUGGAUAAUAAGACAAAGAUAAUUAAGAUGGAUGAAUAAUAAGACAAAGAUAAUAAAGAUGGAUGGAUAAUAAGACAAAGGUAAUAAAGAUGGAUGGAUUAUAAGACAAAGAUAAUAAAGAUGGAUGAAUAAUAAGACAAAGGUAAUAAAGAUGGAUGAAUAAUAAGACAAAGGUAAUAAAGAUAGAUUGAUAAUAAGACAAAGGUAAUAAAGAUGAAUUGAUAAUAAGACAAAGAUAAUAAAGAUGGAUGGAUAAUAAUGCAAAGGUAAUAAAGAUGGAUGAAUUAUAAGACAAAUAUAAAAGAUAAUAAAUAUAGAUGGAUAAUAAGACAAAGGUAAUUAAGAUAUAUGGAUAAUAAGACACAGAUAAAUGGUAAUAAAGAUCAAUGGAUAAUAAGACACAGAUAAAUGGUAAUAAAGAUCAAUGGAUAAUAAGACACAGAUAAAUGGUAAUAAAGAUCAAUGGAUAAUAAGAUAAAGGUAAUAAAGAUAGAUGGAUAAUAUGACAAAGGUAAUAAAGAUAGAUGGAUUAUAAGACAAAGGUAAUAAAGAUAGAUUGAUAAUAAAACAAAGGUAAUAAAGAUGGAUGGAUAAUAAAGCAAAGUUAAUAAAGAUGGAUGUAUAAUAAGACAAAGAUAAAAGGUAAUAAAGAUAGAUGGAUGAUGAGGCAAAGUUAAAAAUGAUAGAUAUAGAUAAUAAGACAUAGAUAAUAACGAUGGAUGGAUAAUAAGACAAAAGUAAUAAAGGUCACAAUUUUUUAAUAAUUUUUUUUGGUCUUACAUAUAAAUGAAGAAAACUGUUACCCACCAUAACCCAUCAGUUUGUUGAAUGCUGCUGUAGAUCAUGUAGGAAGUAUAUAUCUAAAUUCUAAUUCCAACCCUGGCUGCAAAAAAAAAAAUUGCUUAGAAAAUGGUUGCCUCUAGUGUACAUGUUAUGGUCCUUCAAACUAACUUUCAUCUUUUUAAAAUGCAUGUAUCUCUCUCACCAGACACUGUCUGAUACCCUCAGACAGAAGAAUUUUCGGCUCACCUACGGAAGCAAAGCCUGGUUGCCGUACAAGCCACACUUCUCACAGCCCAGCGGAACUCCAAACAUGUUUAGGUAUGUGUGCAUAUUUGUUCAGAUAAUUUAAGACCAUGUGGUAAGAGAUGGUGGUAGCAUUGCCAAAACGAGGAUCCCAGUUCGCACAAACAUCGGGACAACGGAAAGCCAGAGGUACCUAGGACAAAAGUUCGUCACUGCUCAGCCACAACCACUAAUGCCAGUCACAUGCUAAUUUCUGCAUUAAGAUAUUGUGGAAUGACCAUUUCAUGAUCAGGUUGGUUUUAGCCUGUGAAGAGACCACGUAAAAGCCAAAGCUAUAACAUGCCCAGAACCCAAGCAUGGUGGAAACUAAAAUGCCACCACACUAGAGUUUGGCGACUCAAUUUCAAAGGAACCACCGGACAGUUCAAAGUCUGGACAGUUGAAACCAACGGAUAGUUCAAACCACACUACUAACCUUAACCAUACAGAGUGACAGGUAACAUGCUCCACCUCCUCCAAAAGGAUUACUAAAUACGGGUUUGAAUUGGGAUGAUCAUGUGACCUGGAUGUAGCUGGAUUAAAUUUAGCUAAGAAAUAGUCACAUGCUUCCAUAAUAUGUAAUAUAAUUGGGACCAACUGAGUUAUCUGUACAUUACCUCCCCUCUUUAUAAAGUGUCUAUUUUUUGGUAAAUCAAUGAGGGGAAUUUGUAAACGGCCAUGUUUGAGUGUGUAGUGUGUAGACUGUAACUAUAAAACUCUUUGAAAGUUCUUUCCUGUCUCUCAUCGUCUACGUUUUGGUUUCAGUUUUUGUACACGUUUCUCAUUCUACUUCCAGGAAGGCAAUGACGGAAAUGUUCCACGAUCAUGAUUACCCCCAAUCUCUCCUGAUUGUUGAGCACACGUCCAGCUCUCGCCACGUCCCGGCGCUCAUCCCUGUCCUGACUGACGUUGGCGUCGUGGACGGCCGAAACUGCCUUGUUGGUGCCAUAGAGACGGCUCUCACCCUGGGGCUCAUGGGAUAUCCCUUCCUCUUGUUGGAGGGCGUUGUGGAGAAACCCGAGACAAGACUGAGCGAGUGGGUAUUUAAUGGCAGAGGGCGGUAAAAUUAGUCUCAUGAUCCCGGUACAGCAAGAACUGAUGAUCGACCUGGAACUACUUUGUUUUUUUUCAACAUGUCUGACCUAAUUUUUGAGAGAAGAAUAACUUAAUCUUGUUCCUGUACAACAUUUAAAGGAUUUAUCACUUUUUUUAAAAUCUUUUUUUGUUGUUUUUAAAAUCAAGCAACGCUUGACUUAUUGGAUUCUAUUUAAUGAAUUGGGUGAGAUGGCAAGAGUAAAAUGUAUGAUUACUCAAUAACCUUUCAUUUAACAGAGAGCUGUUUUUGAGGUGGUUGCAACUGGCCGCCGUAUUCCCCGCUCAUCAAUACACGGCGGUGCCUUGGAACUAUGGGAAUGACAUCAUCAACAUGGCCACCAACGUCACUUCCCUCCAUGAACAGCUUGUGAUGGCGGAGAUGAACAAGAAAUACCUCAUGGAAGAGGUGGGGAGUGGUCUCCCCAUUUUGCGCCCCAUCUGGUGGCUGGACCCCAGUAACGAGACACUGCAUAAACUAGAGGUAUGACGUCAGUUAUUGCCCUUAUAAAUAAUAGGCGGCCCACAUUGUCCCGGUACAAGAAGGUUUAUGGUUUUUCUGAGCAGUGUUAACCUCAAUGACGCCACUAACCACAAGUAUCUCAAUGAUGCCACUAACCACUAGUAUCUCAAUGACGUCACUAACCACAAGUAUCUGUCCUCCACAGAUUAAAGACCAGUUCCUGAUAGGGAACGAGCUCCUGGUCGCACCUGUGUUAUGUGAGGGAGUACAGACCAGGGAUGUUUACUUUCCGCCUGGAAAUUGGUUGGACCCAAAUGGGAUAUUAUCAGUGGGCCCAAAAAUAUUACUGAAUCAGACAGUGCCUAGGGAUACACUCCUAUUUUACAGAAAAGCAAUGGUCACCCAAUGACCAAUGGUAACCCAGUUAUCAAGGAGUGAAACAUCAACCAAUGGUGACCCAGUGAUUAUAUAAGACAUAAUAGCCAACACUGACCUAACGGUGACUAACAGUGACCUACUAGACUACAGACAUCCAACGGGACUUACCAGAACAAGACUGUAGCCUCUGUGAUGUUAUAUUUAUUUGUAUGUUGAAAUAGAACAAAAUGUCAGAACAAAAUGUGACAGCAAAUUGUGAGAACAAAAUAUCAUAGUAAAAUAUCAUAAUAAAAUAUCAGAAAAAAAUAUUUGAACAAUAUUUCAGAAUAAAAUAUCAGAACAAUAUAUCAGAACAAAAUAUCAUAAUAAAAUAUCAGAACAAAAUAUUAGAACAAUAUAUCGGAACAAAAUAUUAGAACAUAAAAUCAAAAUAUCUUACACAAAAAUCUGUUUUAUUUAAAUAGAUUUGCCUUGUAAAAACUGAACUAAAAAAUAUUUUUUAAUUAUUUUAAAAGGAAAGAAUUUGAUAAAAUUGUAAGGUUUUUAAAUAGAGUAUACAUGGAAAUUCCUAAGCUUAAGUUCAAGACGAGUUUAUAUCAAAAUGAAUGUAAUGUAAUUUUUUUUAAUAUUGGGUCAGGAGGGAAUAAUUUUUUUUCCCCAAUUAUUUUUAUUUUUACUUUGGGGGUUAGUAGUAAUAGUAGUGUGUAGUGCUUUAGAAUGUGACCUCUGCAUUGCUAAAAGUGUUGUGUUUAACCUUAGUUUCAAUAAAACACUAUCUUUACUGAACACAGAACGCACAAAAGUUGAACAAUAUUUUAAGUCAGUUUACACAGUUUCUGAAAGUCCUCAUUCCCACCAAUAUAAAUAUUUAUUUUAUUAUAAAUUUUUUAGUCUUUUGCACAUCUGUUGAUAAUAAAUGAUUUGAACACUUGUAUUCUGUCAUGACAUAUGUUUUGUAUGCCAACAUAUCAUACAUACUUAAGACAUCUGAUUAAAAUCUCAUAUCCUUGUCUUUUCUAACUUGAUAUGGUGUAGAUCUAACUGCAAUUUCUUUUUAUAUUUUAAAGGUUUUAUAACAAUCAGGGCUAAAUGAAUUGCACAUUUUUCAACACAGAAGUUGCGUUUUUUUUGUUUUUGUUUUUAACAAGGUAAAGAAUUGAUUUCAUUUUAAAAAUAUUAGAUUACUGUGUGAUAUGGUGAGAACAUUUUGAAAACAUGUUAGUGUUAUAUUACUAUGUGACAUUAUGAGAACAUAAUGAAAUCAUGUUAGAUCACUAUGUGACAUAAUGAGAACAGAUUGAAAACGUGUUAGAUCACUAAGUGACAUGGUGAGAACAGAUUGAAAAGAUAAUAUAAGUCUCCCUUUUUUUCUUGUAUUUGUGAGAUAGAGAAAAAAUAUUGAUUUGUUGUUGAAAAAGUCCCAUAGCCAUGAGUUCUAUAACUAAAAUGACAAGUGUUUUACUGAUGAUGAUGUUAUAAUGGUCGAUGAUGUUAUAAUGGGUGAUGAUGUUAUAAUGGUCGAUGAUGUUAUAAUGGGUGAUGAUGUUAUAAUGGGUGAUGAUGUUGUUAUUGGGGAUGAUGUUGCUAUUGGGGAUGAUGUUUUUAAAAGUUGAAGUUAAUUGUAUUCUUUGUAAUUACUUCAUACAUGUUGUUGUCAUUGCUAGAUGAUCUAGGCGUGGGUGGGCCAUUAAUCUAUUUUUGGUUUUGUUAUUGAUCUAUGUUUUGGUGGGCUAUUGAUCUAGGCUAGGGGGGAGUAUAUAAAUACUAGGUUAGUGUACACUUUGCUUGUAAUCAAUUUGGUAGUCUUUAACUCAGUGCCAGAAAAAUGCAUCUUGCAAAUACUUUAAUGCAUUUCUAAGGUUGGAUGACUAAUCUGGACAUCUAGUUGUGAACAGGUUCUGCUAAUGUGCCUUUUACCAGCAUUUAUCUUUAUUCUUGUGCAUUUGCGUACAGAUGAAAUGGUUGUUCAUCUACCAAAUGUUUUAUCUUGUCUAUGCUGAUCAAUGAACAUAAUGACAUUUAACUGAGUUGUUCAGUUCAUUAAAUGUGUUGCUGUUUUAUUUGUUUUGUUUUUUUCAAACAAAGCAGGGGAAAUACUGCCAUGGAGCAGUUCACCCGUCAAAGUUACAAUUUCACAUCAAAGUUACAAUUUCACGUCAAAGUUACACUUUCACGUUAUACAUAACUCGUUUCCCACAUUGGUGUUUAUAAAAAUGUGUACUGUUGUAUUUUGAAGUACACAAGUAUACAGUUAGAUUGAAAAGAAAUUCAUUUAAAUUAAUGCUUUAAAUGAACAAUCAAUGUACCAGUAACUAGUAAAACCCGACAUAAGUUUAUCUCAGAAUAAUGAAAUAAGAG